AUGUCUGCCCGUCGUCCUGCGUCGAGGACGCUCAGCGCGCUCUGUGCCGGAGCCCGUCCUGCAGCACGCCGCCCCAGCACGCUGCCGUCCUGUCGGGUUCGCUGCUAUUCGGCCUCGACCGAGCCGGACCUCAAGGCCACGCUGCAGGAAGUCAUCCCGGCCAAGCGCGAGCUGCUCAAGAAGAUCAAGGCGCAGGGGUCCAAGGUGAUUGGCGAGCUCAAGGUGGAGCAUACGAUCGGUGGCAUGCGUGGACUCAAGGCGAUGCUCUGGGAAGCCAGCGUGGUCGAUCCGGACGAAGGCAUCCGCUUCCACGGCCGCACCAUCAAGGACUGCCAGCGCGAGCUGCCCAAGGGCCGCACCGGCACCGAGAUGCUGCCCGAGUCCAUGUUCUGGCUGCUGCUGACGGGCCGCGUGCCAUCGACGGCCCAGGUGCGCGCCCUCUCGCGCGAGCUCGCCGAGAAGGCCGCCCUUCCGACCUUUGUCAACGAGCUGCUCGACCGUCUGCCGGCCGAUGUCCACCCAAUGACCCAGUUCGCCAUCGCCGUGUCAGCCCUCAGCCACACAUCCUCGUUUGCCACCGCCUAUGCUGCCGGCCUCGCCAAGGCCGACUACUGGGAACCUACCUUUGACGACGCCAUCAGCCUGCUGGCCAAGCUGCCCACCAUCGCCGCCAAGAUCUACCAGAACGCUUACCACGGCGGCGGCGCCCUGCCGGCCCAGAUCGACCUCGACCAGGACUGGUCCUACAACUUCGCCGCCAUGCUCGGCAAGGGCGGUGAGGAACACGCGAACUUCCAGGACCUCCUGCGCCUCUACCUCGCAUUGCACGGCGACCACGAGGGCGGCAACGUGUCUGCCCAUGCCACCCAUCUCGUCGGAAGCGCCCUUAGCGAUCCCUUCCUUAGCUACAGCGCCGGCCUGCAGGGUCUCGCCGGGCCCCUACACGGCCUCGCCGCCCAGGAGGUUCUCCGCUGGAUCGUCCAGAUGAAAGACUCUAUUCCCGAAAACUACACGACCGAAGACGUCCGCACAUACCUCUGGUCCACGCUCAAAUCAGGUCGCGUUGUCCCUGGCUACGGCCACGGCGUGCUGCGCAAGCCCGACCCACGAUUCGAGGCCCUAAUGGACUACGCAGCGUCACGUCCGGCCAUUUCCGCCGAUUCCGUCUUCCGCAUCGUCAAGGCCAACAGCGAGAUCGCCCCGGCUGUACUCAAGGAGCACGGCAAGACCAAGAACCCGUACCCCAACGUCGACUCCGCCUCGGGCGUGCUCUUCCACCACUACGGCUUCCACGAGACACUCUACUACACCGCCACUUUUGGCGUGUCGCGCGGCCUCGGCCCGCUCGCUCAGCUGAUCUGGGACCGCGUUCUUGGCUUGCCAAUCGAGCGGCCCAAGAGCAUCGACCUCGCCGGCAUCCAAAAGCUGAUUGAGAACUCGUAA